UGGAGAAGGGGGAAGGCGAAGGACGCGCGUUCCCGGGCUCGUGACCGCCGGCGGCUCGGGAAACCGGCGCCAGAGAGCCCAGGAGAGAUGGCAGGCGGCGGGGACCUGCGCGUCGUGGACACCCUCCGCCUGCUGCUGCUGGUGGCCGCCCUGCCCCUGGUGUCCCGGGGGGUCAGUCGGGGAGCGGCAGACUGGACCCAGGAGAAGAAUUAUCACCAACCAGCCCUUUUGAAUUUAUCGUCUCUUCGACAAGCUGCAGAAGGCACCAGUAUUUCUGAAAUGUGGCAAAAUGACUUACGACCGUUGCUGAUUGAGCGAUAUCCCGGAUCCCCUGGAAGCUAUGCAGCUCGCCAGCACAUCAUGCAGAGAAUUCAGAGACUUCAAGCUGACUGGGUCUUGGAAGUGGAUACCUUCUUGAGUCAGACACCCUAUGGGUACCGGUCUUUCUCAAAUAUUAUCAGCACCCUCAAUCCCACUGCUAAACGACACUUGGUCCUCGCCUGUCACUAUGACUCCAAGUAUUUUCCUCAUUGGGACAACAGAGUGUUUGUGGGAGCCACUGAUUCAGCUGUGCCAUGUGCGAUGAUACUGGAACUUGCCCGGGCCGUAGACAAGCAACUCCUUUCGUUGAAGAUGCUGAACUUGAAGAAAGCAAGAAUUGUUUAUAACCUCUCAUACAACAUUGCAGACUUACAUAAGAAUAUUUCAGACUCGAAGCCAGAUCUCUCACUCCAGCUAAUUUUCUUUGAUGGAGAAGAGGCUUUUCUUCACUGGUCUCCUCAAGAUUCUCUGUAUGGGUCUCGGCACUUAGCUUCCAAGAUGGCAUCAACUGCACAUCCACCUGGAGCGAGGGACACCAACCAAUUGCACGGCAUGGACUUAUUGAUCUUACUGGAUUUAAUUGGAGCUCCAAACCCAACAUUUCCCAACUUUUUCCCAAACACUGCCAGAUGGUUUCAUAGACUUCAAGCAAUUGAACAUGAACUCCACGAAUUAGGUUUGCUCAAGGAUCACUCUUGGGAGAGGCAGUAUUUCCAGAAUUAUGGUUAUGGAGGUGUGAUUCAGGAUGACCAUAUUCCAUUUUUAAGAAAAGGUGUUCCAGUUUUGCAUCUGAUACCGUCUCCUUUCCCUGAAGUCUGGCACACCAUGGAUGACAAUGAAGAAAAUUUAGAUAGAACAACCAUUGAUAAUCUAAACAAAAUCCUAAAAGUCUUUGUGUUAGAAUAUCUUCAUUUGUAAUAUUCUGGUUUAGUUUAUGCUAAUUGCAUCUAGUAUUAUAUUCAAAAGUCAAGGCACCCUUUAAAAUAAUCUGACUCCAGAUGCUGUGUGGAAAAUUCUGUGUGGAAACUUCUAUCCUAUAGAUUCAUUCUGUAAGUAUCUUUGAAUAUCCUAGAUUUAUGUCAUGUCCAAAUCGCUUAUUCAUUUUCAUCUAGUGAUAUAGAAAGGGAAAUAUAAGAAAAACUGAAGGUAAAUAUCUUUGAAAAACUUCUUUAAAUAAGAAACUAUGAAGCUAAAUCAGAUGUGUAGAGUCAGUAUCACGUUUUUCUAAAUAGUACUUAAAUAUGAUGGUCAUGUGCAAAGUGCAGCCUUAGUUUUAUGAUUUUCUUAUACUUGGGAAUCUAUUGCAUAUAAUACAAAACAGAGAUGCAGUUUGAAGACUCAAUCUCUUUGAGAAAUCUUUGUACGGUUUAUUUCAUGGAAGUUAAAUCAGAAUUAAAUGCCAUGUUGUGAAUGUCUUUUUUAAUAUAUGAAUGAAAAAUUGUAUAACUUAAAGUAUAGCUCAAUUUUUAUAGAGUUUUACAAAUUUAACAUUUUUAUUGUAAAAUAAUAUAGUCAGUAUCAAAAAUCUAGAAAAUGGAGAAAAGAAAAAAACCUAUAAUUUCAUUAUAUUAGCAGAGUCACCAUUUACUCUAGUUUUCCCUCACAUAUUUUCAAUGCAGUUUUUAUGUCAUUAUAAUCAAACUCUACCUACAAGUUUUGGGCCUUUUUUUCUGUUAAAUGAUAUAAUUACCAGACAUUUAUUUGCUGUUUUGAUCUUGGGUUGAGAUGAAGACAGAGACUGUUGAGUGUGUCCUCCAGAGUCAAUAUGAAGGUAACACAGUGGGAGGACAGAAAUUAGGAUCAUUUUUGUGUAGGUAAAUUAUAUGGUAUUCAAGUUUGUUUAAUCACUUAUAGCCUAUUUCUUUCAGGAGAUUCAUGGAAGCAAAAUUGUUUGGGCUGGAAACACAUAGAAAUUCAUGGAUUUUUCUUUGGCUAUAGGAAACAGUUAUCUAAAAAUACAAACUUGAUCAGUUAAACAAUUAGGAAAUUGAUCCUGCCAUAUAGAUGAAGUUAGCUGGGGGCUGUUGUUUUUCAUGUGCUAUCUGUUCUGAGCAGACAUUUAAUAAACCUCACUAAAUUAAUGUGCUGAGGCUGGGUAGGGAGUGAGAUAGACAAGCUGAGUGGGAAAGCAAUGGCAACCUUAAGUUCAAUAACAAAGAAGUCAUUGGAAAAGGAAUUUACUUAUGAAAACAAACUUUCCAAGUUAAAAAAAGGGAUCAAUAUAAUUUUAUCUAUAUGAAUUGAUACAAUUUUAUAAAAGAAUAGCCAGAGUUAUAGACAAUUAUAUCUAACAAUAUCUGUCUAUAAUCUCAUGUUGGUAAAUUUUAUAGAACUGGAUUAUUAUAGGUUUCUUUUUAUUUUACAAAUCUACUUCUAAAAUUAUAUAAAGGGAAGUCGUGCCCUUGUGAGUUAAGUAAUAUUAACGGCUAACACUUAUUGAGUACUAACUCAGUGUCAGUGUCAUAGGUACUUUAUAUGUUUUUACCAACUUAAUCCUCACAACAAUCCUAAGGGGUAAGGGGUAUUAUUAACCCCAUUUUAUGAUGCUCAGAAUGGUUAAGUCUCUUCUUCAAGAUCACGAAGCUAGUAAGUGGCAGUGCUGGGUUUAGAACCCAACCAGUCUGGUUCUAAAGCUCAUCCUCUGAAGCACUUUAGAGUACUGCCUCUUUACAUGAAAAGACCUUUGCAGAAAGUUCUUAAUGCCAAGUGCAAAGCAACAAUUGUGUCUUGAAAUUUUUAUAGGUCAUUCACUCAGUCUGGGAGAGCAUUCUUAAAUCACUGCUGCCAGGGUUCACCUGACAAUGUUAGGCUUCUGAGGCACGUCAUUUGUAAUAGAAUUAUUUCUCUGCCAUAUCAAAGGCUAUUUUUACAUAAACAUGCAUAUAACAGAAAUCAACAUGAAUGGUUCCAGGGCUAAAGAAUCUAAGCUACAAAGCAGGAUUAAAAGAGGCUCAGUUUUCUGGAUUAAUUUUCAGAUGAGUGAAAACAUUUGAAAGGAGUUCAGGGAAAACAUUUUUUUUAAACACCAGAAAAGAAAUGAUUUAACUGAUGAUAUUAAAACAGAAUGAAAAGAAGUUUUAAUAAGGAACCUAAAAAUUAGUUGACAGUACUACAUAUAUAAUUAUAAGCCUAAAUAAUAAAUUCUUUUUGAGGCAGAAUGAAAUAAAUAGAUCUGCUAUAAUCUGUUGGGUUGACAUUAGUUGAAUUAUUUUUAGAGGAGGAAGUUGGAGGAUAUGUUGAAAUGAGAUAAAAGGAAAAAUAAAAACAUAAGCAGAUUAACUCAAUGAAAAUUUUCUUCCUUCUAAGUGGCACAUUCUAAAAUUCUACUCACUAAGAGUUUGUACUAAUAUGGGAAAAGCAAUCAUGAUACUGGAAAGGGAGACAUUUUAAGGCAUUAAUCUUGAUAUUAAUCCCUGAAAUAUGUUCUGUAUAAAAAUGCCAGUCAGAAAUAUUACUUUAAAAAUUAUAGCUACAAAGGCAGGGUUCCAUAAACAUUAUGCUGUAUUUGGAAUUUUCCUAUAUGCAUUUUGGAGCAUUUUACUGCCCCUAAGAGAACAAUUUGUAUGUUUUGUCUAUUACUGUCAACCCUGCAACACACAGGGCUAUUUUUCUUCUUCAAAGAAAUGAGUUCAAAGGAAAAUAUUCAUAAAAGAGUGUUCAUAACCUUGG